CCCCGCCCCAUCGGGGCCGUAUUGGCCUCGGGGAGCUGCUGGCACCACACCGCAUCGCUGUCCCCUCCGCCCCGCCGGGCGGCACAUCGCGUCCCCGCUUGUCCCGAAGCACCUCCUCAUCGUCCCCUCCACCCCUAUCGGAACACUGGAUGUCCCAGCGUGGGAGCGGACACUGAGCGAGAGCUCUGCUUUUCCAUUGCCCCACCCGCGUUUCCGCUGUCCCCGCUGUUCCCGCUUCCCCUCCGCCCAGCCCCGUCGCUCCACCCGCUCCUUCCCCGCUCUUUGUCCCUCGAGUCCCCUCUGUACCCUCCGCCUCCCGCUGCCUCCAUCACCCCAUCGAGUACCCAGUCCCACACCGGGAUCCCGAUGUCCUCGCGGCGCUUUACUGUCCGCGGAGGUCCCCUCAGUCCACUGGGGCUCUCUCCAUCCCCACCGCAGAUCUCGUUAUCCCACGUUAUCCCAUUACCGGCGGCUCUACCCCUCGGGGGUCACCACCACCAUUCCGCUCCCUCGCGGCCCCCAGGGGUCCCCCGACUCGCAGGCACUUGCAUACUAGAGGAGGGGGACACCCGUGGCGGGUGCGGCUGUCACCAUGGCAACUGCACCACGGAGCUGCGAGCGUCACCCGCUCAGCACCGGGAGCUCAGCACGGGGUGCACAGCCCAAAAUCACCACGGUCCGUCUUGGGACGAACCCGACGGCUCAACGCCGUGCACAUCCCGACGUACAGCCCAACACCGGCGCGCUCAUCGUGCCGGAGCCUCCACACCCAGCCCUGUCACCCGUCCCGCCCCAUCCAGCCCGUCCCGUCGGGGCGGUGCGCACCGCUCUCCCAUCUCUCUCUCCCUCUCUUUCUUUCGGCUAUCGAUUGCUCUGGUCUGAGCGCCCCGCCCGCUCGGGGCUCGGCUGGCUCUGCCUGCCCGCCUCCACGUGGCCCCGCGCCAUGGCGGCACCGCAGCGCUCCGGCGGCGCGGCCCUUCUGCCCUCCGCCAGCAGCGCAGGUCGAGCCCCACGUCGCACUGCCCGCCAGGUUCCCGAGGAGCUGCUGAAUAAUGCAGAGCUGCGGGAGGCAGUGGGGGCUCUGCCUUCCAACUACAACUUUGAGAUCCCCAAAACCAUCUGGAGGAUCCGGCAGGCAGGAGCCAAAAAAGUGGCCCUGCAGAUGCCGGAGGGGCUGCUCAUGUUUGCCUGCACCAUUGCAGAUAUCAUUGAGCGGUUUACAGAUGCUGAGGCGGUGGUGAUGGGCGACGUGACGUACGGCGCGUGCUGCGUGGAUGACUACACGGCGCGGGCUCUGGGUGCUGACUUCUUGGUGCACUAUGGACACAGCUGCCUGAUCCCCAUCGAUGCCACACGUGGUCUGAAGAUGCUCUACGUCUUCGUGGACAUCAAGAUUGACACAUCCCAUUUCCUCGACACCAUCCGCUUCAACUUUGCCGCAGGCUCUUCCCUGGCCCUGGUCAGCACCAUCCAGUUUGUGGCGGCAGUGCAGGCGGCCUCACAGGAGCUGCAGUCACAGUACAAGGUGUGUGUGCCCCAGUGCAAGCCUCUGUCCCCUGGUGAGAUAUUGGGCUGCACAUCACCCCGGCUCGCACGGGACACUGAUGCCAUUGUCUAUUUGGGGGACGGCCGCUUCCACCUGGAGUCCAUCAUGAUCUCCAACCCUGGGAUACCCGCCUACAGGUAUGAUCCCUACAGCAAGGUCUUCUCGCAGGAGCAUUAUGCCCAUGACCGCAUGCAGGAAGCCCGGCAGGCUGCCAUCCGCUCCGCCACCCAUGCCCAGUGCUGGGGGCUGCUGCUGGGCACCCUGGGGCGACAGGGAUCCCCUGCCAUCCUACAGCACCUGGAGUCACGGCUGCGUGCCCUGGGCCGGCCCUUCGUGCGGGUGCUGCUGUCUGAGAUCUUCCCCAGCAAGCUGCAGCUCUUCGACAGCGUGGAUGUGUGGGUGCAGAUCGCCUGUCCCCGGCUCUCCAUCGACUGGGGGGAAGCCUUCAGCAAACCACUGCUGACACCCUAUGAGGCAGCGGUGGCUCUUGGGGACAUCGAGUGGCAACAGCCGUACCCCAUGGACUUCUACGCCAGUCAAUCCCUGGGACCGUGGACGGCCAAUCACUCAGCACGGCCAGCCCAGGAGAAGCCACCCGCAACCCCCAGCCUGAAGAAUGGCACUCAGGGGUCCCGCAGCGCCCACCCGCCUGAAGACACGGCCACCUCCUGAACAGGGUCCCCGUGGCCCCGCUGCCAUUUGCGGGGACUUGGCAUGGGUACAGCUGCCCCAGGACAGGAGAAUGAUGCAGCUGUGCCUGAUGGACUUUCAGAAUCCCUUCAGAAGUAUGAUCUCAGAGGAAGCAGCUCCAGAGCACACAGUGCUUGCAGUUCUUAUAUCCAAAAAGGUUUGUGUGUUUAAUAUCCCCUACCAAAUAAAUGAAGCCAACCUUUCAGCAGACCUGGGCCUAGAGAAGACAUUUCCUGGCAGUGCCAGGGUUGGUGUUUGCCUCGUGCAUUAAAUUUCUUUGCUGGCUCAGCUUGUGUGAAUUGAGAGAUCUGUUGUAUCUUCUGCUGUGCAAAGAGCCUUCACAAACGAGAAAAACUCAAGCGUUGCUAGGCUUUUGUCUGAUACUUUCCAGAAGCACACAGAAAUCUGUGAUGCUGGCGUUGUUGCUCUGAUGGUAGGCAUCCUGCUUGGCUGCCAUGUGGCUUCAGUGCUGGGGUACACCGGCCUCUGGUCUGUACCCAGAGGGACUUCAGCUCACAGCACGGUCUGUGAUCCCCUUUUUCUUCAGUGAUGAAGUGCAGUGUAGAUUCUAAACGUGGUGGUUUGUUCUUGUCAGACAGGGCUGUUCUCCUGUAUUGCUGCACUGAGGUCUCACAGGUGGGACUGAGCAGAGGAUGGUGCUGGGCAAUCCUGUCACGAGCACCAGGAGGAGAGAGCACUGCUGUGAUACGGGAUGGGAUAGGAAGGUCCUACCCGAGUCUGUGGGCUCCUCAUGCUUCCCCAGGCUGGAUCUGAGCCCCAGGCAACCACGGGGAGUGGAUCAGUAGAUGGAAGCACUCUCAGCAUUCACUGAGCCGUGAACACGCCUGGGAACCGCCGCAGGUCAAAACUAACCGAGCAGCUUUAAUUCGUGUGAGUUUUGCUCUCUGGUUUGUUGCUGGUUAUGUGGCAGCAGCAUGAUGGAGGCAGCAAUGAGAGCAUGAGGCUGCUUUCCCCUGCGGGGCAGAUUUGCAUUGAUGUUGCCCUUGGGUAACUGAAGGGUGUGGGGGAUCUGGGGGCUCCAGCAUCACAGUGCUGCUUGGCUGCCUGCUGGGCUGAUGCAGAGCUGUGGGGUGUCUGUCACCCCUUGGUCUCUGCAUUGACGAUGCCAGGCCUUGGUCUGGGGAACAAAGACGCAGCUUUUGGCCUGCAGGGAGGUGGGAAAGGAGCACACGGGGAGACGCAGAGAUGCUGCUGUGCAUCUACACACCUGUUGCCCUGCCAAGCAGCAGGAGGUGGGUGGAUGCAGCCAAAACAGCGAGGCUGAACCUCGCUGAUGACAAAGCAGCAGGGCCUUUGUCUCGCUGCUUUCCCACCUGAGCCUCCAGGCGCUGUGAAAAGACAGCAGGCAGCUCGGCCGGCCCGCCGUUAGCUGUUUAAUUAUUGCCGAGCUUGCAGCUCGCCGUGGCGGUUCGCCGGCGCAGCCCAUCACCGCGGGACGGCGCGGAUGAGGCACUGCAGUGAUGUCUGCUCGCCGCGGUCCAGCCUGCACUGCGGUCCCGCAGCCGCUUCCCCCGCCCCCGUGUCCCGCAGCAGCACCGGCCGGAGGCACCGCAGCGGCUCGCUGGCGUUGGAAACAGGGAUGGACCUGUGUGUGCGUGGUGAGUGAGCGGAAUGGGACCCUGCUGCUUCCCAUACAGCUCCUUUGGGGAGAAUGGAGGGGAGGGAGGGGGGUUGAUGGGUGGAUGGGCUUGAAUUCUGGGGGCUUUUUGAUACUCCAGCACCUGCAUCUCGUUCCCAGGGAGUUCAAUAAAAAAAAAAAAAAA